CACGCGCCACCUGUCCUGUGCAGCCGUGCUCGGCGGCAUAUAUCCCCUCGCCCCUGCGCCGGGGCCGCAGCUCGCAAGUGGCUCGCGUUCCUCGCCUCGCUCCGCCCAAUCCGUCACGGUCCCGCCACCUAAUCCCUCCGCGCGCCUCGCGAUGCCGGCCGGCCAGCCGCACGCGCACGAGGCCGCCGCUGGCGGCGGCGGCGCCUCGAACCACUCCAACCACCACCUGCCAGUCCACUCGCCACCGCCGCUCCCCGCGGAGGUGGUGCCGGCGUACCCGCCCCCGGAGUCGGAGGACGACGAGACCUGGGUGUGGACCCAGAUCAAGGCGGAGGCCCGGCGCGACGCGGACGCGGAGCCGGCGCUCGCCUCCUUCCUCUACGCCACCGUGCUGUCCCACCCGUCGCUGCCCCGUUCACUCUCCUUCCACCUCGCCAACAAGCUCUGCUCCUCCACGCUGCUCUCCACGCUCCUCUACGACCUCUUCCUCGCCACGCUCACCGCGCACCCGUCCCUCCGCGCCGCCGUCGUCGCCGACCUACUCGCCGCCCGCUCCCGCGACCCCGCCUGCGUCGGCUUCUCCCACUGCCUCCUCAACUACAAGGGCUUCCUCGCCAUCCAGGCCCACCGCGUCGCGCACGUGCUCUGGGCGCAGCACCGCCGGCCCCUUGCGCUCGCGCUCCAGUCCCGCGUCGCUGACGUCUUCGCUGUCGACAUCCACCCCGCCGCCGUCGUCGGGAAGGGAAUCCUCCUCGACCACGCCACCGGCGUCGUCAUCGGUGAGACGGCCGUCGUCGGCGACAACGUCUCCAUCCUCCACCACGUCACCUUGGGUGGGACUGGGAAGGCGGUGGGCGACCGGCACCCCAAGAUUGGGGAUGGCGUGCUGAUUGGAGCAGGGGCCACGAUCCUUGGGAACGUGAAAAUUGGUGCCGGGGCUAAGAUUGGGGCCGGAUCCGUGGUGCUGAUUGAUGUGCCGGCGAGGAGCACGGCGGUUGGGAACCCUGCCAGGCUGAUUGGUGGGAAGAAGGCCGAGGGCGAGAAUGAUGAGGACAUGCCGGGGGAGUCCAUGGAUCAUACGUCCUUCAUACGUCAAUGGUCGGACUACACCAUUUGAGAGCAAUUUUCCAAGGUCGAUUACUCUUCUUCUGUAUCGCUAGUAAUGGUGAUGUACCAAAUAGUGACGUGCCCUUCUUUGUUGUGUGCUAUGGUUUGUCUGCGAUGAACUGUAUUUUAGAAGCCUAGUGUUUAUGAUCAAUCAUUUUGUUAGCUAAGUGUGCCAUGCUUGGAUACUGGUACAUUAUCACUGAUGAAUAAAUCUGUAUAUCCAUAGGGGAGUUGGUUGGAAUUUGUCACAUUCCUUAUGAAUCAAACUCCAAGGUCAGAGUUAAGUGUGUAAAGCGAUAUCUUAUCUGAUGCAGCUUAUGUUAUUCGAUAUUAUGCUAAUUAGUCUGA